GCUCCAGAGCGAGAUAAAGUAAUGGAAAUUUUUCCCUUUUUGUGAACUGCGUGGAGAUCUGCAAUUUUUUAGCUACUUUGACGCUGAACAUAGAGGAUUUGGUGUCAUUACCGCAGUGUAACUUUUACAAGAUGAGCAUGGCCAGUUCGAGUAAAGCGACUUUAAUCUUGCUCAUCUACGGGAUCUUUAUGCACUACAGCGUCUUCUGCACACCUCUUGGACUAAGUUACCCCAAGAUUAGACUUGAAAACGACGCAUUCGAUGAGGACGGGAAUUCGUUAUCCGACAUGGGUUUUGAUAGUGAUCAGAUUGCUAUACGAAGCCCGCCAUCCUUAAACGACGACGCAUACACCCUAUACUACCCACAGGAGAAGAGACCAGAAAGGCAUGCUGAGGAAGAAUUAGAUAGAGCCUUGAGGGAGAUCCUGGGUCAGUUAACAGCGAGACAUUAUCUGCAUUCUCUGAUGACAAUUCGUGCAGGUGACGACAACAGCAUGGAGGAAGAAUCAGAGCCCUUAUCCAAAAGACACUCAGAUGGGAUCUUCACUGACAGCUACAGUCGCUAUAGAAAGCAGAUGGCCGUGCAGAAAUACCUGGCAGCGGUUCUGGGUAGAAGGUACAGACAGAGAGUUAGGAACAAAGGACGCCGGCUUGCCUAUUUGUAGCGCUGUUAAGGCGCUCAAACUGCCCUCCUGUGUAUAUACAUCCAGUCGUUAAAUCGAAGUCAUUCAGAUAUAUCUGACCAACCAGUGGAUUGCGCCUGUGUUCUUUCAACAUGUAUUUAUGUAUGAAGUAAAGCCAUUAAAAUGAAUAUUUUAAUAAUAAUAUCGUUUUUUUUUCUUUUUGUACAAAAGCACUUGAUACCGCACAGUUAUACUUUGUGGACCAAUAUUUUAUUUUCAUGUUUAAGAUGUUGAAAACAAAACAAAAUGAUAAAAAAGAAGAAGAAGAAACCAGUAAAAAAAGAGAUAAUUGUGCACCUUCAACAUUAUGCGCUUGAAAUCUUUAAAAGUCAUCUACAUAUGCAGAAAAUAAAUAGAUUUUAAAAAGACAAUCAAAGUAUUGAAUGUUAUACUUAUUUUUGUAACCAACGUUCUAUUUUUUUAGUGUUGUUUGUUUUCCAAACAGGCCCAAAGAAGCAGUGAGCAUGCUAUGUGAGGCAUAUCCGGCUUAUCCUAAAUGAUAGAUGUUGCCCUUGUCCACGCUUCUCCACGCUCCCUUAAUGGGAGCUCUGUGGGUUUGUAUAGCUUGCUGCCCCUCCAAGGGGAAUUCAGACGGCUUUUGUUCCACAGCCUCUCAUUUGAUGGUUAACCGAUUGACUUACACGUUCAGUCAAUGUAAGUGCUGGUAAAAAUUCAACCUUCUUUCCAAUUUCAUUGCAGGCUUUUGCAAGGGCACUGAUGCCUUUACUAAGGAGAAAGGAAACACUCGAGUUGCUGUUAACAGUAUGCAGAAAACACUGCUUGCUCACUCGCCUCGAGAGUCAUUUACAGUGGGAGAUAAAUUAUGCUCGAUACGACUGUCUAAGGAAUGUUUCACAUAUGUGUAUUGUGUACAGUAUAAAAAUUACACAGAGCAGAUAGUCAUGUCAGUGUUGUCUCUGUUCAGUCAACAGGAUUAAAUGGAGAAGAGAAAGGAAAAAAAAUGCUUAAACUGUUGAUUGUAUUUUGGCAGAGCUCCAAAAUAUUCAGAAAGGACUCAGAAGGAGCAGAAAGUGAUGCAGUUUGACAAAAGAGGAGGAGAGGGAAGGUAGCGUCUGAGUUGGGGUUAGAGAUACUGGACUCUUAUUUCUGAUUUAAUGGUGCAUGUGAAAACUGACACCGUGCUAAUUUUCACUUACAAACUGCAUGCGAUUGUGCUUUUGUUGCUGUGUAGGAGAUGAGCUGUGCUAAGCCUCUUUCAGCACCCCCCCCCCCCCCC